GGCCUGAUUUGGUCAUUUGUCUUUCUCUAGUCUUUGACUUGGUUCUAUGAAUGAUUACAAACAACUGAGUCUAUUGGUCAGCGCCGCGCGCCCAAAACUUUGAACCGCUCGCUCCUUCAUGGGCCCAGUUUGAACUGCACGCCGAUCCAAGCCCGCCACUCUCACCCAUUAUGACAACCAGCUCAAGCAGAAAGCAACCGACGUCUACGGUCUAUCUAUAUGCUGGACACGUACACCAGGUAAGCUCCGGUCCGAACCCACACCAAACCACUCCUUCUUAGCUGGACACAGAGGUUCAAAGAAAUCUCUAAAACAUUAACUCCUAUGUUCCACUGUUUUGCCUCCCUUGCUUCUUUUCCUGUUUUCCACCUUGCUGGCUUGCUCUCUCUCUAUCUUCUCACACGGACCUAAUGUGAAUAGCUCUAAAUGCUCUGUUUCCAGUUUCAAUCCCUCCAUAUCUCUAACAGCAUGCACUGUCCCUUCAAUGUAAAUUUUUUUACCAUAUUACUUUAGUGCAACUGGACCACACGUUUUUCUCAUCUUAGUAAAACCUCCAGGUUUACUUUUUCUCUAUAAAUCUAAAACCACUGACACAACUGCACACAUUCAGUUCUGCAUUUUUCUACUCAGAUAUUUUCAUUUCAAACUUUUUAAUUCACUCACUUCCUCAUCCUCUUCCUCCUUCAUCAUCCACCACCACCACUGACCACCACCUCUUCUUCUCAUGCUCCUCUUCUCUUCUUCUUCUACUACUCUUGUUGUUGUUACAACUAAACUUAUGCUUUUCAACAAGGACAAGGACAGUGAUGAUGAGGAGAAAAGAGACAAAGUCUGACACUACCUUGGUUUUGCCUCUGAGAACCAAAAAGCUGGCAUCUUUGCCAGCUGAUAGGACAUCAAACAAGCUCCUUUUCCACCACAACGUCAGCCUCACCGUCACACUCUCCGUCGGCACUCCUCCUCAGAACGUCUCCAUGGUCCUUGACACCGGCAGCGAGCUCUCAUGGCUCCUCUGCUCCAACUCCUCUUCAUUCCACCCUCUUUCAUCAUCGUCCUACUCCCGCAUCCCCUGUUCCUCCACUGUCUGCACCUCCGGCACUCGCGACCUCCCCGUUCCGGGCACUUGCGACUCUUCCUCCAAUUGCCACGUGUCACUCACUUACGCCGACGCUUCCUCGUCGGAAGGCACACUCUCAUCCGACCACUUCCGUCUCGGUGACUCCCCUUCUUUGACUACUGUUUUUGGCUGCAUGGAUUCCACGUACUCUUCCUCCGGCGAAGACUCACUCACCGCCGGCCUCCUAGGCAUGAACCGUGCGCUGUCAUUCGUCACCCAAACCAACACCCGGCGCUUUUCCUACUGCAUCUCCGACCAUGACUCCACCGGCGUUCUCCUCCUCGGUCCGGCGAGUCUUCCUUUCUCCGUCGCCAUGAACUACACCCCACUCAUCGAGAUGUCACUCCCUCUCCCUUACUUUGACCGGGUGGCAUAUUCCGUUCAGCUCGAAGGCAUCAAAGUGGGAUCCAAGCUUCUCCCGAUCCCCAAAUCCGUCCUCGUUCCGGACCACACCGGCGCCGGCCAAACCAUGGUCGACUCCGGCUCCCGCUUCACCUUCCUCCUCGGCCCGGCUUAUUCCGCUCUACGAACCGAGUUCCUAAACCAAACCCGCGGUAUCCUCACCGUCCUCAACGAACCAGAUUUCGUCUUCCAAGGUGCCUUCGAUCUUUGUUUCCGUAUCCCGGAGCAAACACAAAUCCCGAGGCUCCCAGCUGUGGUUCUCAUGUUUCGCGGUGCCGAGAUGAGCGUCACCGGUGACCGUCUCUUGUACCUCGUGGCUGGUGAAAAGCGGGGCCUGGACGCGGUCUGGUGCUUCACGUUCGGGAACUCAGACUUAGUCCCACUCGAGGCAUACGUGAUCGGGCACCACCAUCAGCAAAACGUUUGGGUCGAGUACGAUCUCGAGAACAGUCGGGUCGGGUUCGCGCCGGUCCAGUGUGCCCUGGCUAGCCAAAAACUUGGUGUAGCCCUGCCUCCAUCUCUUUGCCCUAUUCGGGAUAGGAAAAGCUGGUAUGGCGUUCUUCAAAGUGCCUUUACUCUCUAUCUUCUUCUUGCUUUCCCCCUUGAUCUCUUUCUGUAGAAUGGAUUGAUAAGCAGAGAACCUGAGCGAUGGAGAAGAGCAGCGUUGUCAUCCAGAGCUUCUAUCCAAUUGAAGAUGUUACUACUGGCAUUCUUGAAUUGAAGAAGAAGAAAAGGAAGUGUUUAUAUGACUUGGAGUUGCCAAGCCCCAAGCACAAGUUUGGAGCUAGAUCCAGCCAUUCAGGUCAAGGAUCUUCAGUUGAACAAAAUUUUAAGGUUGAUGAAGGGCCUAAUAACAUAAUCAUUGCCAAUAAAUCCGAACAAAAUGAAGAGUCUGCCAAAGAUGGUGAUAGCAUCAUUGUUGAUGAGUAUGGUUCAGUAAUGAUACUGGAUGAUGAUGAUGAUGAUAAAAUCAUCCAACAAUCUCCAUUGAAAACUAAUCAAGUGAACCAACAUUCUCCAACCUCAUUGGGCAGUUAUGAUAACAAUAAUUUCAGGGACACCCUGUUCUCCCUGGACAGCAGAUUCACUCCAAAAGAAAAAGUAGAUGAGAUGGCUGAUUUUGAUAGUUCUAGUGCAAAAUCUAUUGAUAUUGAUGACCAACAACAGGAAUUGGAGCAUUUUAAGAAUGAAGGAUAUGAUAAUGUCUUGUUGUAUUCCAAUGGUGUUACUACAACAAAUGAAUCCUUGUCUUUCCCUGGAAUGUGGAUGGUUGGGCAAGAUGCUAGAUUGAAGGGAAGGAAGCCAACAAUUGAUCAAGAAUUUGAGCAAUAUUUCUCUAUGCUAAUGCUUUAACUUGCAGAUGUUAUGUAUAUAUAUAUAUAAUAAGUUUAUGUUCCUUACAAAGCAUGAUGGUUGGUAUCUUGCUUAGUUGUAAGGGUGUGCUUUUGUAAGUGUGCUUGGGGACAUACCUUGUGGUGCUAUUAUUAUUAUUAUUAUUAUUAUUAUUAUUAUUAUUGAGUA